AUGCACGCCUCGCGGCUGGCGUUGAUCUUGCACGCCUUGGCGGUUACCUCGGUCGCUGUUGCGCGCAUAUCACGGAAGGAACUUUACCGCGAGAUUCUCAGGCAGCUGGCACCCAGCGGCCACAAGGAGGCAACCGGUUCGGGCCACGCCUGGUACGACUACCCCGACUUUCACGCUGCGCCCGGUGAAGAGGAACCGUCUUGCGUGGCGGCGGCGGUGUUGGACGAGGACCGGCGUGCGACAUGCCGGCCACGCAAGCAUCUCGUGCCGUUGCCACCGGGGCCGCCCGAGGUGCUGCGGUUCCCGCGACUGGUGGAGCUGAAGCGCUGCGAGGGGGCUUGCGACUACGUUAGACACCAGUGCUGGCCCACGGUCAAGCACAGCGUCAAUAUCGAGGUGGUGAGAGUGAAUGUGACCAAUGGUAAGGUACAGGCUCAGUGUGCUGAGGAGAUCAUGGAGGAACACACUAAGUGCAGCUGCAAGUGCCGUGCUGAGAAGUCCCACUGCAGCCCAAAUCAGGUGUUUGUGCCAUCAGAGUGUGCGUGCCUCUGUCGAGACCACCAAAAGUUGCAUGAGUGUGAAAGGUUGGGCCAAACGUGGGACCCAGUGCAGUGUAUGUGCACUUGUACGGAAGGCGAGCAGGACUGCUCCACGGGCCACUAUUUCAGCAAACGAGAGUGCAGAUGCGUGCCAGUUGAAGACUACGGUUUCUAGUUCACAAUUCUGUCAACGAUAAUAUUGCAAUAAGAUUUCCUCUGCUGCUGUACACAGAAACACAUGGUUCUUCACAAUAAAAAUUGUGAUACAUUA